ACCCCCCACCGUUCACCGUUCCCCGCUUCCCGCUCCCCGCUCCCGACCCUUUCCUCUCCACCCUCGUCUUCUCGCCUUGCGCGCCCAAUUCAAUCCCAAACCCUAGGGCUUCGACUCCGCUUCCAUUGUUGGCAUUGUUCCUCUUCCUCCCCCCCCAUCUCCUCGAUUGCGACCGCUGGCGUCGGAGGAGGUGGAGAAGGAGGAGGAUUUUGGUAUGCCGCCGUGAGGCCAUGGGGAGGCGUGGCAGAUUUGGAUUGUAUGCUCGUUCCGGUGUCAUCUCGGAAUCCAUGGUUCGUGAGGAACCCGUGGCAACGCCUGGGGCGGCGGUCAUGUUUGGCACGUGCGCCUCCUCCUGGUAUCGUAACCUGAAGCGGAAGCUGGACGAGACGGACUUCGAAGCCCGCUCCCCAUCCUCUGUCGCUGGCUUCGCCCGGGUGGACAUCGGGAACGAGGCGGCGGCCCUCCGCGAGGCCCUCGUCAGUCACCAGCAGUCGGUCCAGAAGCUCCUCACGGAGCUGGAGGAGGAGCGGAGCGCCGCGGCGUCCGCCGCCACGGAGGCUAUGUCGAUGAUCCUCCGUCUCCAGCGCGAGAAGGCCGAGGCCCAGAUGGAGGCCCGUCAGUUCAAGCGCCUAGCCGAGGAGAAGAUGGCGCACGACCAGCAGGAGAUCGCCGCCCUCGAGGACCUCCUCUUCAAGAAAGACCAGGCCGUGCAAGCCGUCACCUGUGAGGUCCAGGCGUAUCGCCAUCGUCUCCUCAGCUACGGCAUCGGCAUGGAAGACGGUGAUGCACCUCCCUCCGAACCACAGACCCCUGAUACGGCCACCUCCGCCUUCGCUGUGCCCCAGUUCGACCCCUUCCCUCGCGACUACCCCCCAUUGAGGUGCACUAGUGAUACCGCCGUCGACCUCGAUAAGUAUCCCUCCGAGGAGACCCCUCGUGAGCGCUUCCAGACGCUCGAGCAGCGCAUCUUCCAGCUCGAGCGGUUGCCAAGCAGCAGGCUUUGCAAUGUCAUGGAUAAGAGCGUCGUGGUCGGGCAGUCGCCGCGCUGGAGGCGCAGGAAUCUCAGGAGUUUCUCCUUCUGUAGCUAUGGUUCAAGCCUGGAAUUCAAUAAGGGGGAGGAGUUCCCGUCAGCGAUGGACGGCGCGUCGGACUGUGGUGGGCGAGAUGAUAUGAGCGACAGAGUGUAUACGGUGGAUGCGGUGCAUGGGGCUAGCGAGGAUUACGUGAGCACGCCGAGGGAGCUUCAGAGCAGGAGGAAUGUUGUGGGCGGGGUGCAGGAAGCAGAGAUGAGGAAGCUUUGUAUGAGGUUGCAGGCGCUCGAGGCGGACAGGGAGUCCAUGCGGCAGACAUUGAUUUCCAUGGGCACGGACAAGGCUCAGAUGGUGUUGUUGAAAGAGAUUGCUCAACAGAUGUGUAAGGAAGCAUCGACAGAGAAGAAGAUAGUCAAGACAUCACCUUCCAACAAGAGAAUUUCUAUCAUGUCAAUGAUCAAGGGUGUCAUCUCACUUGUUUUCUGGAGAAGAAGAUCAUCACGAGUGAGGUAUACGUUUGGGCUAUCGGCUAGCAAUGUUGGACUCCUGCUACUUUUGGACAAGUCUCCUCGUACAAGGCAUCGGAGGUUCCUCACCAGAACUCAUGGUUGAUAUCAGUUUCCCAGAAGCAACAUGAACCAAAUGUGUACAUCCUUUAUGGAUCUGGAUCUCAGCUCUCUUUAUGUAUUCUUUCAUAUAAUUCUUUGAAAUCACAUUGUAUCAUCUGAUUCUUUUUUCUUUUUUUUCUUUUUCCAAAUGUUGCUCUUAUAUUGAGACUAUAUUGCAUUGUUAGGUGACAUAAUUUGACAUUUGAUGACCAUUCAUCUUACUGUAUGUACUCUCAUGUGCAUUAUGCAUAUAACCUAUUUCCUUGAGUUUA